AGUUUCAACUCACUCCUUACUAUAAAUGCCAGCCUCUCUUGCUUCUUCCUCCCUCACUCAAUCUAGCUUUCAAGUAUAUAUUCGGUACCAGAAAAGAGCACCAGGUAAUAUGGAGGCAGUUCAGUCAUGGGUUUCUAAUCACAAGCUCACCAGCAUUGGAGGAAUAUGGGCAACAACGAUUGGGGCAUCGCUGGCUUAUACACGAAAAAUGACUCUUCUGAAGCCGAGCCUGAGGCUUAUUCAUGCCAGGAUGCAUGCACAAGCAAUAACGUUGGCUGUGCUUUCCGGUGCUGCAGCUUAUCACUAUUAUGAAAAGAGUGCCGACAAACUAGAACAGAAUCCUGAUAAAACUGCAAAAAUUCACCAUCCUGUGGCCUGAUGGGAUGCCUCUAAAGCAUCAGCUUUUCAGAAGGAUAAUGUAAACUCGCUACUAUUGUAUAGCUAGUAAUUAAUUAUGUUAACGAUGAUAAAUGUAGUACUUUAACAUUUUAAUGUAUUUUCAGAUGAGCUUUCUUAAAUUA